AAGCCAUUUGGAACCAUCUGUGGAGCUGCCCUAAUUUCCUUCAAAAGAGUCAAAUAUUGGAGAAAACAGCACUACAUUUUAUUCAUUUUUCAUACACAGGCAUAACCUGCACCUCCGUAACAAAUGUCAAAUAUCACUAGCUGCUUUCUUAAUGUCACGAAUGAAGCUCUGUGCAAAGGCAAUGUAUACUGUCUUUUGCACAAGGACGAAGUCCACUGUAACAACGAAGUGUUUGAAAUUCCUGAAUCGCCGUUAGAUCACCACGAUGUUAUGUUUUGGGUCUAUUUGGGAGUUUACAUCGGGCUUGUCUUAUUUGCUGGCCUGAUGUCAGGACUUACAAUGGGCUUGCUAUCUCUGGAUAUCCUUAGUUUGAAGGUUUUAGCUCGAGGUGGAAAGCCUGAUGAACAGAAACAUGCUGCAAAGAUUAUUCCAUUGGUUUCGAGACAUCAUUUGCUCCUGGUGACAUUGUUGCUUGCGAAUGCUGUAGCAGUCGAGAGCAUGCCUUUGUGUCUGGAUAGAAUAUCCAACCCUAUUGUUGCCGUGGUAGUGUCCGUCACAGCCGUGCUGCUGUUUGGAGAGGUGCUGCCUCAAGCUCUGUGUACCAGAUAUGGGCUGGCGAUUGGUGCAUUUUUUUCUCCAUUUGUGAAGCUCCUCAUGUUGAUAAUGUUUAUCAUCGCAUGGCCGCUUGCAAAACUCCUCGACUGGUUGUUGGGUGUUGAGCAUUCAACAUUUUUCAGAAGAGCAGAGUUGAAAGAACUUGUGGCAAUGCAUUUGGAACAAAGUUUAGAAAAUGAAGAGCCUUUAACUGGGGAUGAAGUUCUCAUCAUAAAGGGUACAUUGGACAUGAGAAACAAGACAGUUGCUGAUGCAUACACCCCACUUAUUCGGGUCUUCAUGUUUGAUAUCAAUGAGAAAAUGACUCAAGAAAACAUGAACAAGGUAGUAGAAAAAGGCCACUCUCGAAUUCCAGUCUAUGAUACGACCCGGGAUAAUAUAGUUGGUCUUCUCAUGUCGAAAAGGUUGAUUCCAGUGAACCCAGAUGAUGCAAUACCAGUGAAAGAUCUUUGCAGAAGUAAACAGAAUCUGUUGACAGUUUAUAUGAAAGAUCCGCUGUUUAAUCUUCUCAAUAAGUUUCAAACCGGAAAAAGUCAUAUUGGUAUCGUUAAAGAUCAAAUCGAACUUGAUAAUGGAUCUUUUAUUGAGAAAACCUUUGGCAUCAUAACCUUGGAAGAUAUCAUUGAAGAAUUGAUUCAGGAGGAUAUAUACGACGAAUCUGAUCUCACCAGACUUCAAAAGAAAGUUCAAACUCGUAUCAAUAAAAUGUUUAAAGGAAAGAAACCAAGCCUUUCACGUCAGAAGAGCCACGAUCCUACAAGACGAAGCGUGCGAUCAGUGAGCGAAUCUCCUGCAGCUUAUGAGGACACAGACGAGAACAGACCACUGCUUAGUCGCGGAUUCAGCGCAGAUCCGAAUAGCGUUCCUUGAUGUCUCGUGAGCGUUUUAUAGGGGCUUUCCAGUAACCCAUCUUGACUGGUCAGAUCAAGCCCAUACGAAAAAACACGAUAUAAACUGAAUCUUGAACAUAGGUUAUAUGUGGUUAUAUGAACAAGCGUUUCAUAAGCAAAUCCUUUUUUAAAUCUGAGUCGGAACCUUCCCGAAUAUGGUGUCAGAAUUCUGGUCUGACCAGUCAGAGACCGGUUUUUCGAAGGCUAUUAAGCUCUGAUAAUGGAUGAGUCAAAAUUAUCAUGCUUCCGAGCAACCGGUCUUGUAUGGAAAGUUCCCUAUGCGAUCUGGCUACAAUCCACAGCAUAGCAUUCACAACGCCGUCAUAUACACAUUUCAUCGUACGCCUAAUUAUUUUAAGUAAUGUUAUGAAUAUACCUCUCUAACUGUAGAGUUGGUACUGACAUUAUUAAGACUUUCUAAUCGAAAUUUUUCAAUGAUAAAUCGUAUUCGAUCGUAAUGCAUGCAGUAUACUGAUCUGAAAACGAGAAGAACCAACUCGUGAAAGAGAGGAGCCAUUGGCAUUGGUUUUAAGAGAUUUUACAAGUGGAUUUAGCUUAUUCAAUAAGAUUCUCUAUCUAGUUCUCGAUUUCAGAUCAGUAGCUAAUAAGCCCAAUACUGAUUACGCUAAUGUAGUUAGAUAGCAAAUUAAUUAAACUCGUCAAUAUUGAUUGGACAGACCCAGUUG